AUGGCGUGUGACGACAUUGCACCACGCAGGGAAGUCGCAAGAACAGAGAAAAGCCAGCUUAGAAGGAUUCAAAAGAAAAGAGAUUCAACGUUCUCGUCGCAACUUGCAACGGGUAUUGUAUCGCGUGGGAUUGAUGCUGAUGUAGCACACGUCAUCAACUACGAUAUGCCUAACGAGAUGGAUCCGUAUACGCAUCGCGUUGGACGAACAGGACGUGCAGGGAAGAGAGAGGUGUUGCGAUCGACAGCGUUUUUGAGUCUUUUGACUCUUGAGGAUAAAGAUGUGUUUUACGCUCUGAAACAGGAGCUUGUUAAAUCUAAUAGUUUGGAGCCACCUAAACUUGCGAGACACGCUAAGUUUAAACCAAGAACCGUUCUUGAUCGAUUCUCCAAGAGACCAAGACACAGAGACAGUGACAAUGUCACAUCACAUCAUAAAGCAAAAGAGCAUAACAACAACGGAAAGUUCUUUCAUCAAAAGAAAUCUUAA